AUGGAACAAACUUAUUUUGAUAUUAGUACUAGUAAUAAGAUUGGGGUACAUGAAUUCUUGGAGGCUUUGGGAUUAUUAGAUAAUGAAGUCAUAUCCGUCAACAUGGAUGAUGAUGACAAUAGCGAAUCUGAUAUCGACGAAGAAGAUAGUAAUGAUGAAGAUAAUGCUUUGAAAAAGCUUUAUCGAGACUGGGAAGCUUAUCAAUAUUUUAUUCUUCUUAGGCUAUUUACCAUGCACCUUCCUAAUUUAUCUAAGCAAGCAAAAAAUGGAUUAUUUGUCACAUUUUCUAAAUCUAAUUCAUUUGGA